UACUACAAAGAAUGAUCAGUGCCUUAAUGUCAAAAAGAAGAUAACUAUUCUUCCAUGAAACUUGGCAUUCUCGCUUGGCUAUUUAUGGACGUUUUCCAUGGCCACAUAAAUUGUCAUUAAGUCCCAAAGAAAUCAAGAAACAAUGGGUGUUCUUCGGUUGUUGUUUUACUUCACCCUACUGGUAUGGCCAUCACUGCAAGAAGAAGAAGGCAAGUGUGAUGAAACAUGUGGGAAUGUUACUAUUCCUUUCCCAUUCGGAAUAAAAUCCGAAUGCUAUAGCGAUCCCUCGUUCCGAGUAACCUGCAAAAAUGGAGAAAAGCCUUACAUCAGCCGUAUCGGUAUGGAGAUACUCGGUUCGUUUACGUCACGAGACGUGAUCGUCAACAACCCGGUUACUUAUUCCAAUUGUCCGAGUAAAGGUGACAACGGAAGCGGCGAUGUGGACUUAACAGACAGUCCGUUUUUCUUCUCAGGAAAUAACUUGUUCGGUUCAAUAGGUUGCGGUCAUUCGGCCACCGUUUCUAGUAAUAGAACUGACCCCAUCGGUGGCUGCCUGCAACCGAGAUGUGGCGACGGGACUGAAUUUCAGGGCUGUUAUGCCACAGUUUCUGAAAAUUUAACUUCUUAUACUGCAAAAAUGAUCCCAUUUACUAAUGAAAGCAACGGCAGGAAUGCCUGCACAUCUGCUUUUAUGUUCUCCGUUGGCAAUUUCGGACAUUUCUCAUUUCCUCGUGACAUAAACAUCAGUUCGACGCAUGUUCCUGCAAUUCUGGAGUGGAAAACCUUCGAUCCCAAAUUGAAAGUUCCUCUUCGGAAGUCUGAUUGUGCAGAAAAAUGUGGGAAUAUUGAUAUCUUAUACCCGUUUGGAAUAGAAGACAGGUGUUACAUGAACGAUGCGUUCAGAGUAAGUUGUGAAGAAACCAUUGAUGGAUCAAAGCCUUUCAUUAGUAGCAUCAAUCUGACAUUGGUCGAUGUUAAAUUUUCCGAAGGAAGAGUCAUCAUCAACAAUUCAAUAACUUAUUCUAACUGCAAUAAUCAUCAAGACGACCGUAAAAAAGGAGUUAGUGUCAACCUAACAAACACGCCUUUCUACUUCUCAGAUAUCUUCAACCGAUUUGGGUCGGUAGGAUGUGGCAAUUUCGCUACCAUAUAUCACAAUCAAACCGAUGAUCCUAUUGGUGGUUGCUUGCAACCCAGUUGCAACAGCAAUGCUAAUUUAAGUACCAAUGAUAUGUGCAUCACGUCAAUUCCACCACGUCUUGACACCUUUGCCGCAAGCUUGACAAAGAAGUAUCGUAGUUACGAUGGCAACCGAUCAUGCGGAUCGGCUUUUGUGUUCGAUAUGGAUUCGUUGGAUAAUGAUGGAUUAUUAACAGUCCCACACACCAAAGGGCAUGUCGCUACAUCCCUACAAUGGGGCAAACCAUUGCCUGCGCCUUGCAAGUUGAAAGAUGGUAAAAAGACCUUUUGUAACUCGGAAGGACAUUAUUGUUGGUCAUGGUUGAGCCGUGAACUUUUAUGCGUUUGCAGCGACAGCGACUAUGCCAGCGCAUAUUCAGUUGACGUUUGCGAAGAACCAGGCAAAUGCGAGAAUUCUAAGCGUAGGUAUUGUAAUAUGCUUUGUUUGAAUGCUCCUGGCAACUAUUGUUCAUUAACAUGCCCCGAAGGAUAUAAAUACUCAGAUGAGGAAUAUAGGUGCAAGCUCAUAAAAACUAAUUCAUCACCAUUGCCCGGAAGGACCCGGAAUUUGAUAAUCAUUAUAGGUUGCAGCACUAGUAUUGGGACUAUAUUUGCUUUGCUCUGUAUAUGGCGUUUGUUCAAAGCACUCGAAAGAAGAAACGAUAUCAAGUUGAAGCAGAAAUACUUCAAGAGGAAUGGAGGAUUACUGUUGCAACAGCAAUUGUCCAAUAACGAAGGUAAUGUUGAGAAAAUAAAGUUGUUUGCUUCAAAGGAGUUGGAAAAGGCAACAGAUUACUACAAUGAGAAUCGAAUUCUCGGUCGAGGCGGUCAAGGAAUUGUUUAUAAAGGAAUGUUGACGGAUGGAAGCAUUGUGGCAAUUAAAAGGUCCAAGUUGGUGGAAAAGAAGGUAUUAGAAGAAAUGAAGCUUGAACAAUUCAUCAAUGAGGUGAUAAUUUUAUCACAAAUUAACCAUAGAAACGUGGUUAAACUGUUAGGUUGUUGCUUAGAGACAAAUGUUCCUUUGUUGGUGUACGAGUUCAUCCCAAAUGGAACACUAUCUGAUCUCAUACACAAGCCAAACGAAGAGUUCCCAUUGACAUGGGAAAUGCGAUUACGAAUCUCAACUGAAAUCGCGAAUGCUUUGUUUUACUUGCAUUCAGCUGCUUCUGUCCCGAUUUAUCAUCGAGACAUCAAAUCUAGCAACAUACUUUUGGACGAUAAAUACAGAGCAAAAGUAUCGGAUUUCGGAAUUUCGAGAUCAGUUGCAAUCGAGCAAACUCAUGUGACCACUCGAGUUCAUGGAACUUUGGGAUACUUGGAUCCCGAAUACUUCCGAUCAAAUCAAUACACAGAGAAGAGCGAUGUAUACAGUUUUGGAGUUGUUCUUGUUGAACUUUUAACAGGACAAAAACCCAUCUCUUCGAGUCAAUCGGAAGAACAAAGAGGAAGCUUAGUAACAUUUUUCUUGCAUUCAAUGAAGGAGAAUUCUUUAUUUGAUAUACUCGAUCCACAAGUAAUGAAUGAAGGUCCAAGAGAAGAGGUUAUAGCAGUUUCAUGGCUGGCAAAAAGAUGCUUGAACAUCAACAGAAACAAAAGACCGACAAUGAAACAAGUCGCAAUGGAACUGGAACGGAUUCGAACAUCAGAUGAAACCAAUGUUCUUCAAGAACAAAGUGACGAUGAAGAAGAUUAUGAAAUAAUGGACGACGUGACAGAUCCUUGGGGUAUUUCUUCUUGUUCAACAAUGGUAAUUAUAGACAACAUAUAAACCCUUUUUUCAUCAUUUAAGUUUGCGAGUUUCAGAUUUAGUCAAUUAUCUUGGCCUGGUUUGUUCAUAUGUUGUAUAACUUUGUUCUACUCAAUUCGGUAUUGAAUAAUCGCGAUUUUUAAA